AAAAGCGUUGGCGCCGUUCGUGGCAUCGUUUGACAACCUGUUUAUAGCUUUUGCACGAGAACACAAAUGGAGAUUUUGGACGAGCACGUUGUGCCGACCGUCCUCGUCUCGACCGCGGACGCGUCGGCGUACCGAGAGAAUGCCGCUCUGCGCUGCGCGAAAGCCCUCCAGUUUGACGUCAAGCGAGAAAUUGCGACCAGCGGCUGGAGCCUCGAGGACGACCGGCUCGGCCUCAAGGUCUACGCCAAGCCGAUGUCCGGCUCGUCCGUGGCCCAGUACCUUGCAGUGGGCGCGCUCCCCACGACGUUCUCGAGUCUUGUUGACGCCUUGUAUGCCGAUACAAGCAACGACCAGAAAAUUCUCGACUCGAUCUUGCUCGAGCACGACUUUGCCAAUGCCGGCGUGCUCUCGGUCCUCGAGGCGCGGCGAAAGGACGACGCGAGUGCGUUUCUCGGGCUCAAGUACCUCAAGUUCAACAUUGCCAUGUCCUCGGCGCCGCGCGACCUCACGUACGUCGAGCACUCGGGCACCCGCCUCAACGAGCACGGUGCGCGCGUCUUGUACGUGCUGCGGGAGUCGGUGGCGCUUCCCGCGGUGCCCGAAGCCAAAGGCACAACGCGGGCCACGAUGCUGGCGAGCUUUGUCUACACGGCGAGCCCGCGCGGCGACGUGGACGUGACCUGUCGAUGGUUUAUGGACCCCAACAGCUCGUCGAUCUUGCUCAACUUUGGCGCCGCCAAGGUCCGUCAAAUGCUUCUCCGCACCGCGACCCUGCCGGCGUACCGCCGCAUUGUCACCCGGCCGCCAGCGUCGUCCUGGGUGCCCGAUGCUGAUCGCAAGGCGUGUGUGGUCUGCGGCAAGCGCUUCAACGCGCUGCGAUCCAAGCACCACUGCCGCCUCUGCGGCGAGAUCAUGUGCAGUGGGUGUACGACCAAGAUCGUAUACGUCCCGGCCUGUGCGUCUCAAGCCGUGACGGGCAAAUAUUGCACCGAGUGCGUCUUGCAGGCCAGAGUAGCGGCGGGUUUUCCUGUCGGGCCAGCACGGAAGGGAUCGACGACCUCGACGAGUGCAUCAACAUAUGCCACGAGCCCCGACGUCGACGAUUGCGCGUCCGACGUCUCGUCCGUGCGCUCGCUCCGCUCCAACAAAUCGAUGGCGUCGAUUCGAGAACGUGCAUCGGUCGCCUCGUCGCCGCCAGCGCCGGUGCCAGACGCGUCGGUCGGACACGGCUUUGUGGCGCUUGACCUGAGCGCACCGUCUACUGGCACCACCGUCGUAGAGGCGGUGGCGCGCCAAGCCACCCGACGUCCUAGCGCCGAAGUCGAUGUUUGAACAAUGGUACAUCGAGUAGUUGAGGUCGGUAGCAAUGCAUUUUUCUGCUAUUUUUUCUCACCGACUAUCGAUGGCGG